AUGGCCAGACUUAAUAGUUACCUCUAUCGGAUCAACGUUGCAGAGACGGACUAUAACACUCACCGGGGCAAUCUCUCCUUCUUUCUGGGCGGGAAAUCGCCCUCCGAUAGUCAGCAAUGGAUACCGAACUUGGAAGCCGUGCGAGCCUCAAUACGAUUCGCGAUCGCCACAGGCCGACUCGACGCCGCCUAA